AUGCCUCCGAGUGGGCUCUUGCUGGUUGUGAUCCGGGUGGGCCUUGGAAACGUGGUACACCAUUUGUACCCUUUUGCCACUGAAAUGCUCUGGAAGCUUUCGCUGACCGAGCGGAGUUGCGACAGGCCCUCUUGGACUGGGUGGCUCAGCCAGGAGCCGUUGGGGAGCGACCCUGCUAUUGUUGCCAAGUAUGGGGUGAUCGAAGAGUGGGACGUCUCCCAAGUGAACGACAUGCAAAGCCUGUUUGUUGGUUUCCCUUUUCGCACCUUCAAUGAAAACAUCAGCUUGUGGAACACUUCCAGCGUGACCAGGAUGGAUCGUAUGUUCGACGACGCCAGAGACUUCAACCAACCCAUCGACUCCUGGGAUACCUCCCGCGUGACCAACAUGUACUCCAUGUUUUCGGGCGCCCUGGACUUCAACCAACCCCUUGAAUCCUGGGACACCUCCCGCGUGACCCGGAUGGAUCGCAUGUUUCAGUCCGCCAGUAGCUUCAGCCACCCCAUCGGCACCUGGGACACCUCCAGGGUGACCAGGAUGGAUAACAUGUUCAACGGCGCCAGGUUCUUCAACCAACCCAUCGGUUCCUGGAACACCUCCAGCGUGACCAACAUGAACUACAUGUUUAAGUCGACCGAUGCCUUCAACCAAGCCAUCGACUCUUGGGACUUUUCCGGGGUCACCACGAUGUACUACAUGUUCGAAGGUGCCAAGGCCUUCAACCAGCCCAUCGCGUCCUGGGAUACCUCCAGUGUGACCGACAUGACCGGGGUGUUCGAUAGCGCCCGCGCCUUUAACCAACCCAUUGCCUCCUGGGAUACCUCCAAAGUGACCGCGAUGAGAUACAUGUUCCAGAAUGCCGAUGUCUUCAACCAGCCGCUUGCCAGCUGGACUGUCUCAAGCGUGACCGAUAUGACUCAAAUGUUUCGGUUCGCCCUGGCCUUUGACCAGCCCCUCGACUCCUGGAACACGUCCCUCGUGUACUCCAUGGGUUCAAUGUUCGCAGGUGCCACAUCCUUCAACCAGCCCCUGGAUUCUUGGGACGUCACGCGUGUGAGACUCAUGGAAGGCAUGUUCUUUCGGGCCUCCUCCUUCAACUCCCCAAUCGGCUCCUGGGAUACGUCCAAGGUGACCGAUAUGCGCCAGAUGUUCCGUGAAGCCGUGGUUUUUGACCAGUUCUUGGGCUGUUGGGAUGUAUCGGCUGCAAACACAAAUGGCAUGUUCUUGGGCGCUGAUUCCUUUCAGACACCUCCAUGUCCGCCCGGAAGCAUCCCCUACGAAAACGACCUGGGCUGCGCAGCUGAGCCGUCAUGCCAAGACGGAACUGCCCCCAAUCUCACUGUCAUGGGCUGCCCCCUGGUCACCGAGAAGUGCGAGUCUUGCGACCCCGACUUCCAGCUGACGUCAGACAUGACAUGUGAGUCCAGCCUCUGCGCCAGCGUCAUCUACAUCAUGGACUACUCUUUGCUGAACAAACAGGGAAGCAAGGUCUUGAAGCACUGCCUGAAGGAGGAGCUCAUACAGGACAGCGAGCUCCCUGAGGCGUUGACAAAGCUUCGAUCACCAAGAUUUGCAUGGAUUGGCUUGGUGCUUGCUCUGGCUACAGCUGCAGGUGCUGCUGCAGUGGCGUGCAGGACUUGCAGGCAUCCGGGCUCAGUGGCAUAUGAAGGGCUGCCAAACACGGCACUUUAG